CAAUGGCAUCUUCAUCAUCAUCUUCAUCACAUGUUAACAUUAAGUCUGGUCCCAUCGAUGCUGAUGUAUUAUGGAUGCAACCCAAACAUGUUUCAGAACAUGUUUGGAAUGGGGAAGAAGAUAGGAAAUUACAUAUCAGACGAGCUGUCCCCACGUAUCAAGGGGAAGAACAAAUUCCUGAGCAAAUUUUUCCUUUUCUUCUACAAUCUGGUUUCGCCUGGAUUAUCAAGAUGGGGUACUUAAAAAUAAAUGCCUCAUUAAUUAGUGCUCUGAUUGAAAGAUGGAGGCCAGAAACACAUACCUUUCACAUGAGAUGCGGAGAAUGUACUAUUACUCUCCAAGACGUCUCUGUAUUGUUAGGUAUAAGUGUGGAUGGUUUACCAUUAAUCGGUCCAACAAAUCUUGAUUGGGCUGAUUUAUGUGAGGAAUUAUUGGGAGUCAGACCACAAGAAGAUGAAAUUAGAGGUAGUGUGGUUAAAUUAAGUUGGCUGGCUCACCAUUUUGCCCAAAUAAAUAAUGACGAUGACGAAGAACAAGUACGAAGGUUUGCCCGUGCAUGGAUAUUGAGAUUCAUUGGAGGUGUCUUGUUCGUUGAUAAAAGCAAUAACAAAGUUUCGCUAAGAUACCUUCAAUUUUUACGUGACUUUGAAGAAUGUGGCAGAUAUGCAUGGGGAGCUGCCGUACUUGGUUUUCUAUACAGAGAGAUGUGCAAUGCCACCGAUUAUAAAACUAAAUCAAUCGGAGGUAUGUGCAUCUUACUACAAAUGUGGGCACGGGAACGAUGUCCAACCUUGGCUCCAAAGAGGACUCCUUCCCAAGUAGAAAAUACACCACUGGGGCAUAGGUGGCUGCGACGUGGAAACCAACAUAUCGGCAAUGAUGAUGUGAGAGUUUUUCGUCGCAAGUUAGAUAUUAUGAAACGUCAUGAGUUUGUGUGGGAGCCGUACCCAUCAACCGUAAUAUCACUGUUGCCUCCCGUUUGUUUAGUCGGAAGUCUCGCGUGGUACGCGGUGGUGCCACUAAUUUGUUUCCAAGUUAUUGAGUGGCACCAACCGGACAGAGUAUUGAGACAAUUUGGGAUGCAACAGCCAAUUCCAGAGUCUCCUUCACAACCCUUAAACAUUCAUGGCAUAACAUUGAAAGGGAAACAUGACGAAAAUUGGGGGCAAUUGUUCGCCCCAAUGAUUGAUCAGUGGAAUAAUCGCCAUGCAUUUAGGGUCGACGCUUAUCCCCGACAAGAAGGCCUAUUGAGUUUUAACUCGGACUACAUGGUCUGGUAUAGGCGAAAGACAAAGAUGUUUGUUGACCCAGCAAAUGCAAAGACGGCUACAUUGGAACACAAUGGAAUGUACCGGGACAAAUACCUAAUACGGGUGACUUAUUCGGUGUUGAUUUGCGGCACACAUUUUCUGCGGAGGCUGACGAAGAAGAAGCGGGGAGGCAUCGGGGCAGAAGAAAUCCUGAUCGCCAAGCACGAAGAUGGGAUCGACCAAGUGGCACAUCCUCACGACAUCACGGACACCAAAAUGAAUGAUUUGCAUGUCUUCGUUUAUUAA